AUGGUUCUCUUGGGUGGGCUGGAAGUUGUGGCAGCUGGCUAUCUGCUCAAUGAAUUCAACAAGGACAAGAUUGAAGCACGUGAAAGAAGGAAGAAGAGGAGGGACGACGACCGACCUUACUCGAGACCACCUCGCGUUGAUAGCCAGCAAUCGAACUACCUGCAACCACCACAGAAGCCGCCUCGUCCAUCAAGUGCGCCACCUAAUGACCCAAGACCCGAAGCAUGGCAGCAACAUCAACCACCACCACCACUGAGUCAGCAAUAUGCCCACCCUCCAUUGCAGAUCCCUCAGCAUCAAGCAUACCAACAGCCACCUCAGCACUCACACUUAGUACUUCCAGCUCAUCAGCAGAGUUUCAUCCAGCCACCUUCGAACAAUCCUUAUAUCCAGGCUCUGCAUAACGAUCACACCUUUCCGAACCAGCCAGCACCCUGGCAAAUUACAUCGAACCAACACGCAAAUCAGAGACCACCUAUAGGUCCAGGACAGAUGCAAAGACCUAAUACGUUUCAUACUUCUCCGCAACCGCAGCCACAAGGACCAGUACCGAGUCCUGCGAAUUUCGCGCAGGCCCAUACCUUCCCUGUUCACCAGAUGGCUCAACCCCCUGUUCCAGCAGGAGGGUUCACCUACAUAGACACAAAGACUGGCAGAGUUUCGCAUAACCUAUAUCCUCCUGAUCACCCUAUGGCUCGUGGUGAUCCUCAUGGUGGCAGAGACAUGACACGAGAGAUUGGUCCGGCGGAACGAACCAGGGAUCAUCGAUAG